UUCAUCAACGGUAAAUUAAAAUAAUCAACCAAACAAGAGGUUCAAAAUAAUUUGUUUUUUUUUUUUCUAAUUUUAAUUGAAUAUACUUUAAAUAUUUUCAAAGACGGUGUUGUGUAAAAACCUGAUUAUCAACUAAAGAGAUUUAGACUUUGCAACCAACAGUUUUCUCUUAGUUUCCAUUAUCAACACGAGUUAUCAAAAUGUUCGAAGAGAAAGUGCCAGGAAUGCUGGAAGGCACGCAUCUCUAAACUCGAAAAAUGUUGAUAUGUUUGUAUUACUAUUCUAUAUAUGUGUACAGUACCACUAAUUGUUUUAAAAUAUCCAAAAAUACUGUAUACACAAUGUGGUAUGCUGCUCUAAUACGGUUUAUCAGAAGACGAUUAGUGUUGGGUAUUAUUUUUGCGUCUUCAUUGACUUACUGCAUUGUCAGUUUCAUAAGAGAGGGUAAUAGUCGCAACAUUAUGUUCCAAGACAUAUCAAUUGAAAGAAAGCCAUUUGUUUGGAGAACACUCCAGGAACACAAUGAAACUAAUGAUGGCAACAUGUGUAGAAAUUCAGUGCAAGGAAAAAUGCUUCUAGUUGAUGAUAGAGGCUACGUUUGCCACAGGACUGACGUUUUGAAGAAUGGUUGCUGUGACCCUGAAUCGGAGCACACCACUAGAUACAGUUGUCAAUCGUGCAAGAAAAACAACUGCUGUGUGAUUUAUGAAAAUUGUGUAGCAUGUUGUUUAGAUCCCAGUAAAAGGGACAUGCUGGAAGUGGUGCUAUCGAAGCUGUCCGCAGAAGAAAAUGUCCUAUUUCGUUCCCUUACAGAUGACUACGAGUUGUGUCUAACAAAAUGCCGGACGAGUUCCCACAGCGUUCUUCACGAGAACUCCUAUAAAGACCCCGCGAACAAACACUGCUUUGGGGAUGAACGACCCAAGUCGAGAACGCCUGAUUAAUAUACUGCUAUGUAGGUAAUAUAAGAACGUUUUAAAAUUAUGAUACGAUCACUAUGCGUGUCGUAUUUAAUUACUAUGAAGACUUAAAAACAAAUUUACACUAAUAUUUUAAAGAGAAGGUUUAUAGUUUGUAUGUAGGAAUUAAUUUUCGAAAUUUCAGUUUCUAAAAUUCUUUCACAAAUAUGUACAAUGCCUGAUGUAAGCAAAAACUUCGUACUUGCGAUUUUUUUCUUGUGUUUCUUUUCUAAUCUCUCACUCGCACUCUAGGGCCAAUGAAGAAAACUUACAUAAACAAUUCUUUAUUGGCCCAGCUGUUAGUUACACAUAAUGGACGAUCAAAUAUUUUGCAUAUGCAAGAUCGAUACCAGUGAAAGACUAGAUAGAAUUAUUUUAUAGUAAAAUAUUUUUACCUUGUAAUCCUAGUAAAAUAAAUUUAGUGACAUGUGUAUAUAAAAGUUGAUAUUGUUGUAAAUAUUUUAAAAAAUAAGGGCCGUGCCAAGCACUAGUUCGCAACAUAUUUGUUGACUGUUUGACGACCAUUACAAGUCACAAAUUUAAAGGGGCUCAUUGCGUAUGUAUAUUGAAGUCGCGAUGUGCCUACUACGUUUUGUAAGUACAUGUACUACGAAUUCAGACUACGAAGCUAAAAAGACGGUAAGACUUAUGAUUCGCCAACAACAUCAACUUUUUUUUCCAUAAGUGAAACCAUGAUGCUAACAGUUGCAGCAGAUGGCGAAUACCGAGCUCUGUGGUCUGAAGGCAAAAUAAUACUAAUUAUAGAUCACUCAAGUCCACUGCGAAGACGUCGGGUCCGGUUUUAUUAUGUAAUAUGUGAAUUAUUUUCCAAUCGUCUCAAGCCGGAUACCACUCGGUGACACAUGUGCCUUAAAUGAGUUAAGAUUGCAACCUCAAAACCUAAAGAAUAAUGAUACCUAUUGUUUAAGGAGUAAUAAUGUAAUAUCGGUUCAUGUUCAAAUCAUGGCUGUAAGAUGGGGCGAAGGCGGACUCCAAAAUUAGUAAUUUUAACCACAAAAAUAUUGACUCAAAUAUUUAUUACUUAAUUUCUAAGCUGAAAACUAUCUGUAAAAUAUAUUUUUAGUUAUAUAAUAAUGCUAAAUAGCGUCAUAAUAUUAAAACCGUAAAAAUAAGUCAAAUGAAUUCUUUAGUAAACAAACUCAAGACCAAAGAAAUAAGUGUCUUAACACCCCAUAUAAAAUAAUUACUACUCUGAAAUAAAGAUAACGAUACUUAUAUAGUUUGUAGAUAUCGUACUGAGUUGAAUCGAUGAAUGAUAAUUAUUCGUUACAGCAACGCGGUCUCUGCACUAAUUUUAUAGAGCGCGUAUCGAAAUCUUGUUUUGUAUUUUUGUCAAAAAUUCUUACCUACCCGCAUUUAAUCUGCUAGUUAACCGAUUUCCUGUUCAUAAAAUAAAACAAUAGUUUGGAAAAAGUAACAAUGGAUUUGUUCAUAUGUGACAAGGCCCUAAUAAGAAAAGAUAAUAAGUAGGGACAUGAACCAGCGCCCCACCCCGGCUUUAACAUAUACAAACCUUCCGCAGAAAACUCUUUCCAACAUUUCAAACAAUAACAAUAUCCGUUCACAGCUUUCCGAGAUUAUCUUAUAAUAUAUACAUAGUUAUUAAGUAUAAAAUAAUUCGUUUAUAUCAUACAGCCAAAUUGUAAAGUUGCAAGGAAGUAAACAUGAGACCAAAACAUUUUUUUACAUUUUGAUACGCACUCAAUCAUAAUGAUUCAUCAAAAUAAUUCUUACUUAUGUUUUUAAACGUCUGUUAAACUCGAUAAGUAAUUUCAGAAAUUGUAUUUUACGUAAGUAAAUAGGUAGGUACUCUCUUCAUCUGUAAAACUCUCCAAACUAUAAAAAAAUCACUUUCCUAGGUAUUUAUCGUACUCUAUAUCCAGCUUUUGCUCGUUUAUGACUUUAUUCCAUAAAGUGUUAAUGUUGCACGAAAUGUGUAUGUGAAAUUAAACAUAAUAAUAAUUACUAGUUACAAUAUAUUAAAAAUGUUAUUAAUUACGAAAUUAGAGAACUUGCCAGUGACAUUAUGAUUUCAGUGUCGGUGAUGAUAUUCCCUGAUAGAAAGUAAAAGGACACCGAAAUAAUUUUUCUUAUAAAUGUA